GCGAGAUUUUGGAAUCAAAAAGAAAAUGGCGGAUAAUUUGGAAGUGAUGUCAAUGAUAAACAGAUGGUUGCUCGAUUUUGUAUGUUACUCUGCUUGGCAAGAAUUUAUUACACAAGGUCGUAUAGAUAUAUCAGCAUCUAGGGAUUUUAUUCAAGGUAUCUUGGGCAAGUGUAGUAAUGCCAGUAAAACAACACUACACAGUUCUAAGAUUAGAUUGAUUGUCCUUUUGUGCAAAUUGUCUGAUGGCCAAGAAUAUGACACCCAGUACAAUGACAACCAAGAAGACCAAAAAACUGUGUUGGAAUAUGCGUUGGUUGCCUUCAACAAAUUGCUGUCUUCUCUUCAGCUGUCAGAUGGGAAAAAGAAAAGUUCUGAGAGAAUAGUAGAUCUUAUAAGCUUGCAGGCUGUAUUUGUGUGUUGCCGAGACAACAACUUUGAUCUUGCCAAAGCUGUGUACAAAAGAUUAUGGAAAAAUGUCAAAUGCUCAUCUCACAAAGCAGAAAUAGAUGCAGUCCUGCUUUCAAAAGAUGUAGAAAAUAAAAUCUUAAGGAAGCAUAGCUAUGAAUCCCUAUUAGAAAAUGUGCAAACAUUUCUACAGCCCAUUGUUGACAGCUUUAAAACCCCAUUUAUCAUCAGUAUGGCCAAACAAGUUCUUGAAAACAAAAAGAAGUAUUUUCCUUCAUCUGAAAGUGAUGAAGAUCACAAUGUAAACUCACCCAGGACUCAGUUAAUGUCAAAGAAACGGAAGACAGACACUAAUAUAGAAACUAGGGAUGAGUAUUUCUCUUCCCUAGGACUUGUCAAUAGUGCAGCAGGUGGUGAAACUGCUGCUAAGAAAAGGAGAAUCAACAGUGCAGCCGUUGACCUGGCCAUUGAUGUGACAAGAUACCAGACUGUGGUCAUUGAACCAGAUUAUCUUAAACCUGAGGGCAAUCCUAUAAACAAAGUCAUACAAGGACUAGAGAAUAAACUAGAGGACAUCAGAAAAUGCAUGCGGCCAUCUGAACAACAUGGCCCUGGAGGUGUAUCCAAUGGUGGGGACCAAAUGCCAAGUCCUGAAAAGAGAAAAUGCCCCCCAAAAAUAACCAAGCUAGUCCUAAAUGAGUUUGGAGAUGCAGAAACUACUCCUGAGAGCAAGCUGUGCAAACUAGGACAAGGCCCAAGAGUGGACCGAAAUCUGGCACCACCCAGGUCUCCAAGCAAUGUGUCAGUCACCUCUACAUCUUCAAUACGUUUAAAGCAGCCAUGGAUGGCAGCAGAGGUACAGAGUCUGAUUAAAGGUGUGGAACAAUUUGGAAUAGGCCAGUGGGCAGUUAUUAGGGAAAAAUUUGAUUUACAAUCACGAACAAAUGUACAGUUAAAAGACAAAUGGCGCAACCUGAUAUUGAACAAUGAAGUAGACAUUUCUCAGUUUUCUAAAAGUGGGUAUGAUAAGAAGCCAUUUACUGCAAAAGAAGAAGCAUGUUUGUGGGAUGGAGUGAAAAAGUUUGGCAGACAGUGGCAGGUCAUUAAGGAACAAUAUCCUGAUCUGAGAGACAGAUCUAUAGCAGCAUUGCUUGCCAAAUACAAUACGAUGAAUAGAAAACGAUGGCACAACCAUUCUGUUGAUGAAAAAUAACCAUAUUUUGAAAGUAAAUGUUAAAUGUCUCCCAAAUGGAAGGAAUUAUUGGAAAUCUCAAAGUCAUAUGGGGAUUUCAAAUAUGAUCUUGUAUUUGACCUUAUUUCAAGUUCAAAUGGUCCAAAAUUUUGUGGAAAUUUAAAUUUUCUGUAGAAAAAUAUUUCUUUGAGGUGAUUUGCUUUGAUAUUAUGGUGAAAAGUUACUCUUGGGGUUUCCUUUUCCGAGUUUGGGGUCAAUGACAAUUGGUGUAAUUUUAUAGGAGAAGCAGCCUUUAGAUGCAAAAACUGAAAACUCUCAGUUAUUCCAGAAUCAUAAAAGCUAGAGAGCACUUAAUUGUUGCAUUUUUUAGAGCUUGUCAAAUGCAACACUGGAAGCCCUAUGUCAGUUACAUAUCCUUAAUGUUUGUUUUACCUGUUGCGAAAUUGGAUGUUGAAUUGCUGUUAAUUACCAUGUAAAAUUGCAUUAAAGUUGACAAAAAUAACUUAUCAUGUCUGUACAUUUUUAAAUGUUAAAACAGCUUUACCACUUCUUUAAAAUACGGGCAUAAGAAUAGAAGCAUUUCCAGUGAGAUAAAUAACCAUUUUUGGUCUUUUACCAAUAUAUCAAGUUGUAAUACUUCUCAUUGUAUUGUAUUGUUUUCUACUUAAUGUGUUCAAGCUCGGGUCUGUAGAGAAUGACAAGAAUGCAUUAACUAAUUAUCAAAAAGUUCAAGAUAUUUGAAUCUGUAUUAAUAAACCAUUUCUAAGAGUA